CCGCCGACACUCGGCAAGUGAGCAGCAGGUGUCCCAUGGGUGGCGGUCGCAACAUGCGCUACCAGCGCCACCUGCACGCAUCCAGGGCGAGCAACAUGGUGCACGAAGUGACAUCGCCUCUCAUCGUGGUCUCCAACCGCCUGCCCUUCGUGCUGAUCAGGGGCGCGGACGGCAAGCUGCAGAGGAAGCCCAACGCCGGCGGACUGGUGACGGCCGUCGCCCCGGUGGUCGUGGACUGCCACGGGCUGUGGGUGGGCUGGUCGGGCCUGCACGGCAUGGACCCCGCCGAGCCCAUCCCCGAGUCCGACCCCGGCGACAAGGCGCCCACCGCCGGCCUCAAGUCCGAGCAGAUCGUCGCCGUGAACAUCGAGGAGAAGAUGUUCGACGACUACUACAACGGCUGCUGCAACGGCACCUUCUGGCCCUUGUUCCACUCCAUGCCUGACAGGGCCGUGUUCAAGUCCGAGACGUGGAAGGCGUACUGCGACGUGAACGCGCAGUUCGCGACCCACACGCUGCAGGCGCUGCGAGCGGUGGUGAAGGACCUGGACGCGUGCGGCAAGUACGACACGCACCCGGUCGUCUGGAUCCACGACUACCAACUGUUCGUCGCCGCCACCACCAUCCGCCAGGUGCUGGAGGAGGAGAAGCUGCGAGCCAAGCUGUCCUUCUUCCUGCACAUUCCCUUCCCGUCAUGGGACAUCAUGCGGCUGUUCCCGUGGGACGACGAGAUCCUGCAAGGCAUGCUGGCCUGCGACAUGGUGGGCUUCCACGUGGAGGACUACUGCCUCAACUUCAUCGACUGCUGCUCGCGGCGGCUGGGCUGCCGCGUGGACCGCAGCAAGAUGCUGGUGGAGAUCGCCGGCCGCACGGUGCACGUGAAGGCGCUGCCCAUCGGCAUCCCCUUCGACCGCUUCCAGGAGCUGGCCGAGACCACGCCCAAGUUCCUCAAGAUCUCCGACCAGGAGAAGAUCGUCCUGGGAGUGGACCGGCUCGACUACACCAAGGGCCUGGUGCACCGCGUGCUGGCCUUCGAGCGGCUGCUGGAGCGACACCCGGAGUACGUGGAGAAGCUCACCCUGCUGCAGAUCUGCGUGCCGUCGCGCACCGACGUGCGCGAGUACCAGCAGCUCAAGGAGGACAUGGACCAGCUGGUGGGGCGCGUCAACGGCCGCUUCUCGCGGCCCAACUGGUCGCCCAUCCGCUACAUCUACGGCAACGUGAGCCAGCAGCAGCUCGCCGCCUUCUACCGCGACUCGGCCGUGGCGCUGGUGACGCCCCUGCGCGACGGCAUGAACCUCGUGGCCAAGGAGUACGUGGCGUGCCAGAUCGGCGAGCCGGGCGUGCUGGUGCUCUCGCCGUUCGCCGGCGCCGGCGGCAUGAUGCACGAGGCGCUGCUCAUCAACCCCUACGAGCUGAACGAGGUGGCCAACACGCUGCACCGCGCGCUGCAGAUGCCCCUGGACGAGCGGCAGCUGCGCAUGAAGCACCUGCGCCAGCGCGAGAAGCUCAUGGACGUGAACUGCUGGAUGAACUCGUUCCUCGCCACCAUGGGCGCCAUCGAGUCGCCCGACGACGACGACCCGCUCUCCAACCAGAUGAGCCUCACGCUCGACGACUUCGACCUGUACCUCAGCAGCCACAUCGACGACGAGUGCAAGCUGAGCCUGAUCCUGGACUACGACGGCACGCUGGCGCACCUCACCUCGCACCCGGACCUCGCCAUCAUGCCGGCGGAGACGCGGCGCGUGCUCGAGCGCCUGUCCAGCAUGCACGACGUGAGCGUGGCCAUCAUCUCGGGCCGCGGCCUGGAGAACGUCAAGAAGAUGGCGGCCAUCGAGAACGUGACGUACGCGGGCAGCCACGGCAUCGAGAUCCUGCACCCGGACGGCACGCGCUUCGUGCACCCGGUGCCGUUCGAGUACUCGGAGAAGCUGAAGGAGCUGGCGCAGGUGCUGGCGCGCGAGGUGGGCCGCGACGGCGCGUGGGUGGAGCAGAAGGGCGUGGUGCUGACCUUCCACUACCGCGAGACGCCGCCCGACCGGCGCGAGGCCAUCGUGCGGCGCGCCCGCCAGCUGUUCGACGAGGCGGGCUUCGAGCCGCACCAGUCGCACAUGGCGCUGGAGACCCGGCCGCCGGUCCGCUGGGACCAGGGCCGCGCCUGCCUGCACAUCCUGCGCACCACGUUCGGCGCCGACUGGUCGGAGCGCGUGCGCGUCGUGUACGCCGGCAACGAGGGCGCCAUGAUGGCGCUGCAGGGCAUCGCCUGCACCUUCCGCGUCGACUCGUCGCCGGUGGUGCGCACGGCCGCCAACUUCCGGCUGGCGGGGCCCGACGCAGUGCUCACCAUGCUGCGCUGGAUCGAGAAGGAGAUGGGCAAGAGGGCGCCGCGCCUACCCCGGUCCCCGCGCGCCGCGCACCGCUCCCCGCGCAUGCACAAGAAGGGCAGCGACUCCCUGCGCAUCCUGGAGACGGAGCUGGCCUUCGACGACCACGGCGAGGACGUCAUCCUGCCGGCGAGGCGGUCUCCCAAGUGCUGCGGCAGCCCCAAGCAGAACCACGUGCUGCUGCCUCGCCUGCUGAGCGACGAGGCCGUGUGAGCCCCCGCCAGCCGCGCGGCCCUGCGCCUUGCUUCAGUUCAUUCCACAUUCACUCCUGCCAUGUGGGUCAUGUGCUUCAAGUUCAUGUUCUAGUCAGUUUUUAAACUUUUUUACUGAUCAUCAUUCUUUUAAAAUUGUUUAAAAAAUAUAUAUUUAAAAAAACACUAUUAAUUGUUUGUUGAUUUAGAUCGAGGUCGAUGAUAUCUUCUUUUCAGAGAGUUGACAUAAGUGUUUAAUGACUAUGUUUCAUAAUUAUGACUGAUAAAAUACCAAAAAAAAAAACAUAUAUUUUUCGUACAUUAAUAUUAUUUAUUCAUUGUGUAAGCUAAAGUUCAUGAAUGCUUUGGUUUUUAUAUGUAUGUAUAUAAAUACCCGUUUUAGACAGCUAGUGUAAAUAGUUUCACAUUAUCCAUAUAUUAUUUACUAUGUAAUAGAUUUAUGUAUGAGCGAUGAGAAACAAAAAUAAAAUAAAACAUUUUAAAUAUAUGUCUAA